AUGUUCGAAGACUAUCAGGAGGACUUUUUUUGUGAAAAUAUUGAAGACUAUACCAUUUGUACCUUCUGUAAAUAUGAUAAUAUGUUGAUCAAAAUAGAAAAUUUACAUGAGCAUAUACUGAGGGUGCAUAAUUUGAGUACUGGAAAUAUAGACCAAAACUUAUUACAAGAAUCUAUGAGAAUAUUAAAAGAAAAAUAUUCACUUAAAUCAAUUAUAAAUCUUAGAAGGGAACUUUCUCCUGAUAAACAACGGGAAUUUUAUAAUGAAGUAGGAAAGGAUUUAAGUACUUUGGAGGCUACUGAGCUGACACGAGCAGCAAUCCUAACAUUUCUAGAAGAAUAUAAAAAGAGAAUUAUAACUAUAUUUAAUCCAUAUAUUAAAGUAAAUGAUAUUCCAGCUAAUAAGUUGAAUAAUUAUCUUGAUCCUAGUGAAGGGGUAUUCUAUUUAUUUGCUUUAAUAGAUAUUGCAAAGGUAGAAGAUAUUACAAUUUAUAUGUUACUUGCUAGAACAUGGGAUUGGUUCCAGGAUGAUGAGGAUUUAAAAAGAGGUAUUGAGGAGAUCAAAAAUAAAAUUUUAAAGAAUACGAACAAUUCACUUUAUAAAAAGGCUUCUAAAUGUAUUUCUAAAGGUAAAUUAAUUUUAUCAACAAUGCUUGGAAGUGUUAAGGAAUUACUAUUUCUAUGUCACCUAACAAAAAAAAUUAUCAAAAGGCAAUGUAUUUAA